CACUUUGGCACAGUAUAUGUUAGCUAGUUGGAUCAAUGAAGGCACUACUUCCACUCCUUAAAUUCCAUAAAAUACAUCUGGCUCCUUGUAGUCAAUAAAUUAUUUUCUUUUCAGCAGUCUUCGAAUUGCAGACACUUUAGUUUUCAGAAAGUGUUUGCUGUAUAGGACAAUGGAAAGAACUCGUUCCCUCUUGUCGUUAACUUUGUUGCUCGUCCUGAGCUGUUGUACGUAUAUGUCGAACUCAUUCAUAGGCACAGUAGCCGCUCAAACCAACAUCAGCACAGACCAGGCUGCUCUUCUUGCACUCAAAGCCCAUAUCACUAGUGACCCUCAAAAAAUAUUGACCACCAACUGGUCUACCUCGAAUUCGAAUAUCUGCAACUGGGUUGGCGUUACUUGCGGUGUAGGCCACCUUAGAGUCACAGCCUUGAAUCUCUCUUACAUGGGUCUCACAGGCUCUAUUCCUCCUCAACUAGGAAACCUAUCAUUUCUUGCUCAGUUGGAAUUCAGAAACAACAGUUUCCAUGGUACCUUGCCAUCGGAAUUGUCUCGUCUACGGAGGUUGAAGUUGAUUAGGUUCAGCUUUAACAACUUUAUAGGAACCAUUCCGUCAUGGUUCGGAUCCUUAUCUGAACUUCAAACCUUCGAUUUGUAUGGUAAUCAAUUUUCAGGUUUCAUACCGAAUGCUAUCUUCAACUUAUCUGCACUGCAAGUACUUGAUCUAAGAAACAACGAGCUAUCCGGGAGCAUACCAAGAGUAGAGAAGUUAAAAAUGCUGGAGGAGAUAUUACUUGGACACAACAAUUUCACAGGUAGCAUACCAAGAGAAAUCGGGAACUUAACCAUGCUCAAGGUCAUAUACCUUGAUUAUAACAUGUUCGAAGAAAUUCCAAACUUGGUUGGUAGUAAAGAUCAGGUGGAGAAGUUGUACGUGCAGGUUAAUGACCUAAAAGGGCCUGUUCCUUUGGAGGUCUUCAACAUGUCUUCUUUGAAAAUUUUGGCUCUAACAAUAAACCACUUGACUGGUAGUAUUCCGGACGAUUUCUGUCAGCAUCUUCCUAGUAUUCAGAUCUUGAGUUUGGCUCGCAACAAACUUGAUGGUCCACUUCCAUCCAAAUUUUGGCAAUGCAAAGAGCUUCUUCAGUUCUCAUUAGACUAUAACAACUUCGGUGGAAGCAUACCAAAAAGUAUCGGGAACUCUACCCAGUUAGCAGAGAUUACCAUUAGCUACAACAACUUGACAGGUACCAUACCAGAUGAAAUUGGUUAUCUGAAAAAUUUACAGAGUUUGGGACUCCAUGUUAAUAAUCUCCAUGGCCCCAUCCCAUCCACAAUCUUCAAUAUGUCCAAGAUCGUAGCAAUUUCUCUUACUGGAAAUCAACUCUCAGGCAGCCUUCCUGCGGACAUAGGUAUUGGGGUGCCAGACCUACAAAAGUUUUUUGUAGCAGACAAUCAACUCAGCGGACCAUUUCCCAACUUUAUAUCCAAUGGUUCUAAGCUUAAAAGGAUAGAUAUGUCCACGAACUCAUUUUAUGGGUUUAUUCCAACCAAGCUCUGUCUCUUGAAAACCCUUGAGUAUCUUAGCUUAAGCAAAAAUAAUUUGGCGAUUGAUACUUCAACUCCAGAAGUAAACAUCCUUUCUUGUUUCGCUAAUCUUACAAAUCUUUGGGGAUUCCUUUUAUCACAAAAUCCAUUAAACACCACUCUUCCGGUUUCCUUUGGAAAUCUCUCUACAUCGCUUGAAUAUCUUGAUAUAAGCAAUUGCAACUUGAGGGGCAACAUUCCAAGUGAUAUUGGAAAUAUGAGCAAGCUGACAUCCUUAGACUUGGGAUACAAUGAAUUGAGUGGUCAAUUCCAACUUCUGUGGGAAGAUUAGGGAAUCUUCAAGGUUUGUAUUUGAACAAUAACAAGUUGCAAGGAUACAUCCCAUAUGAACUUUGUCAACUCGACAAUCUAGCUGAAUUACUUUUGGGAGGUAAUCAACUCUCUGGUUCGGUACUUCCUGCUUAGGUAAUCUAGUUGCAACUCUAAGAACUCUGUCAUUAGCUUCCAAUUUGUUAAGUUCCACAAUACCACCUUCCUUUUGGCAACUCACAUAUAUCUUGC